CAUCCGUAGUCGUCUUCGUCCCGCCCCUUACUUCAGUGUCAGCAAACUAAGUAACGUUAUAAAGCAUAAUGUUUGGAAGUAUUUAGAUUUUCGGCACUUUAAUUCGCAUUCUUUCGGAGGACACCUGCCUGGCUGAACGAGGAACGGAGCCAGAUUGAGCAUGCUCCGGAGAAUUGCUACGUCUGUCCGGUGGCCGGCUGCUAGUCCACUGGCAGCGGCCGUGCGGUGCGUGUCCUCGGGCUCUGUGAACGUCACUGCCCCGUUGAACUUCUGGGGUGGACAGAGAAGGAGCAGCAAACACAAAAGCAACACCGAGAAUGUGUAUGAGCCUGCUACAGGGCGCAUCUUGUGCCAUUUAGAGCCAUGUGGGGCUGCGGAGAUCGACGAGGCUGUGAAACAUGCCAAAUCAGCCUUUGGCCACUGGAGCAAGCUGUCUGGGAUGGACAGAGCACGGAUCAUGAUAGAGGCUGCUCAUAUCAUUGAGAGCAAGAGAGAGGAGAUUGCUGAAAUGGAGGUGGUCAACAAUGGGAAGUCCAUCACAGAGGCCCGUCUGGACGUGGACUCUGCCAGACUGUGUAUAGAAUACUACGCAGGGCUGGCCAGCACUCUGGCAGGCCAACAUGUCCAGCUGGCCGGAGGAUCUUUCGCCUACACCCGAAGGGAGCCUUUAGGAGUGUGUGUUGGCAUUGGUGCUUGGAAUUAUCCUUUCCAGAUCGCUGCCUGGAAGUCGGCUCCAGCUCUAGCAUGUGGAAACUCCAUGGUCUUCAAACCUUCACCAGUAACACCAGUGACCGCAGUCUUACUGGGAGAAAUCUUUGCUCAGGCUGGAGCUCCAGAGGGGCUUUUCAACGUGGUCCAGGGUGGUCAGGAAACUGGCAGUUUACUGUGUCACCACCCUGAUGUCGCCAAAGUGUCCUUCACUGGAAGCGUACCCACGGGCAAAAAGAUCAUGGAGAUGGCUUCUCAUGGGGUGAAGCCUGUGACACUGGAGCUCGGAGGAAAAUCUCCCCUGCUCAUCUUUAAGGACAGUGACCUGGAAAACGCAGUGCGAGGAGCUCUCAUGGCCAACUUCCUGUCUCAAGGCCAGGUCUGUAGCAAUGGUACGAGGGUGUUUGUUCAGAAGGAUGUCCUGCCUGAGUUUGUAGAGGAAGUGGUGGAGCGGACCCAGGCGAUAGAAAUAGGAGACCCACUACUGGAGACCACUCGCAUGGGAGCACUGGUCAGCCGGCCACACCUAGACAAAGUCCUGUCCUAUGUGGAUCAGGCAAAAAAAGAGGGUGCUACAGUGUUGUGUGGAGGUGAAGCGUUUGUCCCAUCAGAUCCCAAACUCAGAGGUGGAUACUACAUGACUCCAUGUGUUUUAGGUAACUGCACCGAUGAAAUGACCUGUGUAAAGGAGGAGAUCUUCGGUCCUGUCAUGUCUGUGUUGUCCUUUGAAACAGAAGAAGAGGUGCUGCACAGAGCCAAUGACACCAGUUUGGGUUUGGCUGCAGGAGUUUUCACGAGAGAUGUAAGGCGAGCCCAUCGAGUGGUGGAACAACUCAAGGCUGGUUCUUGUUUCAUCAACAACUACAACAUCACCCCUGUGGAGGUGCCCUUUGGAGGCUUCAAAAUGUCAGGCAUCGGGCGGGAGAAUGGUCAAGUGACAAUCGAAUAUUACUCCCAGCUGAAGACUGUGUUUGUGGAGAUGGGAGACGUGGACAGCCUCUUCUAAGAAAACCUCUUCUGGAGAUGAGGAUGGAUAUGAAAUGCUGAACCAGAGACUGAAACAGAUGGUUCAGACCUGCACAACCACUCAGGGAUGGUUCAUUUAACAUCAGCAUUCUGUGUCAUCAAGCAAACCUGUCCCCACUCAACAUGAGCCAUAUUUUGUGAUAUUUACACACAAAUCAUUAUAAGUAAAUGGAAAUGUUAGAUCUAUUGCCACUUAUAUGGGAUUAAAGAUUGCUGCUACUUAUUGAUCUUUAAUUGAUUGCUGCCUUCAUAAAUGUAGAGAAUAAAUGUAUUUUUGUUGCAUACUGUAAAAACACAAAGGGUUUCAACAAAUGAAGGUUUAUUUUCCACUACUCUUAUGUUUACACCUACAGAUAAAUGAAGCAAUUUUGAAUAACAUUUGUAUUAAUCUGUCCAUUUUUUUUACACUCAAUGUAAGUUUCUUUGUCACAUAUCUGAAUUAUAUGGAACUAAUAAUAAAAAGGAACCUGUAAUAAAUUAAUGAAUUAAGUGACAACAUUUUGUCCAUGUUAGUAAAAAAAUGUAACAGACUAUAAAUAUCUCAUCUUUAUAUUUUGACUGUUGACAGCCAUUAGUAUGCGUGACUCCAGGGCUUAAAUUCUUUUCCUCUUGGCUCGAGUUUUGACAGCAGCCCUUAUCUGUGGAGAGGAAAGAUGAUAAACACCUGUAUGAUUUGUUGAACUUUUAAUGUCAAGCUUUGUGUAAUCACACCUGUAGUACAACUGUACCUUUGGUGGAGGUCGCUUGGGUUUCUUGAACUGUGCCGACUCUGUUUUAAAGGACAGUAAAAACUGAACAAUGUUUGAUAAAUGUACCAAGUUUACAUUAGUAGAAGCACAUCUACUUACCAUCUUCAGAGGGUAGAUCCUCCUCACCAGACAAAUUCUUAUGAGGGUCCUAUAACCAAGUGUUGACAUAUAAACACAUUAGGAAAAAGCAACAAACAUUUGAAGAGCAGUAGU